GCAUAAUAUAUUUUUCAAGUAAUGUUCCCUUUUCUUGCAGAUGGCAAAAACGUCCUAUUCAUUCUAUAUCGUGCUGAAGGAUCAAUUUUAAAAAAGCAAAAAAAAAGGAUAUCUUUUCAUGCUUGAUUGCCCCAGUACAGAGCGAUAUCUUAAUGAUGUUUAAUUAAAUUGCAAUUACCAGCGCAAACGCACGUCUGUUGCAGUGCAAUAAAAUAAUGUUCUUUGGUUUCAUCGCUUAUUGAUCUAGCCCAUGGUAGGUGGAGGAAAAAUCGAUAGAUUAAAGCUACGAUUGAGCAAUUUAUAGCAUUUCUAGUUUUUGCAGUAGAUGCUAAUAAAAAAAAUAAUUCAUACAAGAGACGAUGAUUUCAUAUUAAUUAUUUAUACGUAAUGUGCUGCUUCGAGUCUAGGCAUUUGUGAUUCUUCUUUUAAAUCCUGCCUUGUACAGCAUUUAUAUAAAUUUCAUAGUUCAAUAUGCAAAUACAUAUCCAAUUCGAAAUGUUGGAAAGAUAUUCUUCGCCAGAAACGAUCAUGUCUUUCGUGCGCAAGUUAUUACACUUAGUCGGUCUAGAUGGCACGACAAUUCGGGAUAGGCUACGGUUUGGUAGUAUUUUUCUGUUUUAUAUUUUCUUUACCGUCAUACCGCAGCUGACGGGUGGGUACUCUGAUAUACAUCAGCUUGUACAGGCUAGUGUAGAGUUUCUGUUCAAUUGUAACAUAUUUGUGAGCAGUUUAUUGUUUGCCCAUAAAGCUGCAACCUUCCGUGCGUUCGUUCGGGAAUUGAAGAUCCUAGCACAAUUUGCAUGUUCAAUGUCGUACAAAAUAAAACGUACACUAGUACGGUUUAAUCGCCAAGCGGACAUCUUAGCUAAGCUGCAAACGACGUGCAUGACCGUUAUCGCCCUUUGUUACUGGGUUGCGCCAUUGACGUCCAUCUACUGGUUCUACCUCGGGUCGAGCAACUCCACUGAGCCAUUGCAACUUGUGCAGCAUUUGGAAGUAAAAUUCUACUGGCUCGAAAAUCGUACCAUAUUGAGAGAUUAUGUGAUCUUCGUGUUGAUCAUGCUUCCGGUAGUUUUCAUGAGUAGUUCAAUGUGUAACCUUAAGGUAAUGAUCGUUUCCUGUAGCAUUGCACACUGUACAUUGUUCACCAGACUUACAGUAAAGGCAAUAGAAGAGUUGCCCGAUGCUACACCCUACAGGAGAACUUCCAAAUCACUGUCCAACGUGGUGCUGAUGCAUGCUAGACUACUCAAAUGCAUACACCUGCUGAAUAGAACAUUGCGAUCGAUGCUCCUGCUGCAGUGGUUGAUCUGUGGCUUAAACUGGAGCAUUUCACUUGUGUAUCUUACCAACACGGGGAUCUCUCUUAAAUCCAUUACCGUGAUUGUAAUGUUUGUCCUAGCAACAUCGGAAACAUUUCUGUACUGCUUGUUAGGAUCAAGGCUGGCAACGCAGCAAGAACGCUUGGAACGCGCCAUUUAUGCCAAACGUUGGUACAAUUAUCCAAGAAAGGUUCAGCGAAAUAUACUGACUAUUCUGCGACAAACUCAAAAAGCGACCGACAUAACGGUGGGAAAGUUUUUCCGCGUAAAUCUAGAGGAAUUUAGCAGAAUAGCGAACCUUUCCUAUUCUGCGUAUGUUGUUUUAAAAGAUCAAAUUCAAAUGGAUACAAAUUGAAGAGCAC